GCUUUCCACCACCAUACGCCACCGUGUAACGAAGUCGAUAAAGAACUACAUGGAUAUGCGCGUCUUGAGAGUAAGGUUAUACCGCAUUAUAUGAGACACUCGAUCAGUAAGUUUCUAACCAACAAUCACUCGACACUGAGGUAUAUCCAGUCAGUAAUCACUGACUAUAUCGACUGAAUCAGUAGAAGUGACUGACUAUUUGCACGACCGUUGCGCUGUCUGAGAUACUGGUGUCGAAUUUAUUUUGCCAACGUGCUUCCGGAACAUCGUUUCAUCUCUUUUAUUUUUGUUUCGUUUUAUUUUAAUUCUGUUCUUCCGAUUCUUCGAUCUUCAUUCGUGGAGAUUGAUCGUUGAUUUAAGAAAAACGUAGUUAAAAAGAAAAGUGUGUCGAAAGUGUUAUUCGCGUUCCUUUUUCGAGCAUUGCCUUUGAACAUUCUUCGUUUUAAUUAUCUACUAAAAAGAUCGGUUUACUGAAGAUUGGAACAGCAGCGUGGAGCACGUGGAUACAGAAUGUUGAGAUCCGUGAUAGGGCGGACACAAUCCGCAAUAAUCUGGCUUUUGCUGCUACUGGUAACCUGGCGAAACAAAGAUAGUUGCAACGGCCUGCAAUAUCAGCCGGUCGAGGUUUAUGCAAACGGCGAUGACUGCGCUCUGAUCCUGAAUGGGCCAGGGAGGACCACCGUCUUCGAUUAUACCUACAAUUUGUUACGUGGUUCUUUCCCACCGACAGCCGGAUCGCAGACAUGCAUCACUUACGACGCCGUGAAUCGAGCGUAUAUCGAAGCGAGAAAACGCAUCAAUGUGGCGCAACCCAAGAACAAAAUGUGGAGACCAGAGGAUUUAGCCACGGUCGGAGAACUUUUAUUAGAUAUCAGUGCGAACCUUGUACAAACAUACGGCCUAACCUUCGAAGAAAUCGAGAAAAGUCUACCCUUAAUCGACACUUCGAAGACCUUAAUUCGCGAGGUAUGCCCCGCCUUUUUGAGCAACGUGGAAUGUCGUGCUGGUAAAUAUCGAAGAAACGACGGAUUGUGCACAAAUUUGCAAAAUCCAACAUGGGGCGCGACACUAGCGCCCUUCCAAAGAGUGCUGAGUCCACGAUUCGCGGACGGUUUAACAGCGCCUAGAAUAUCGGUAACUAGUCAUGAUUUACCAUUAUCACGCAUAGUGUCACGCACUAUGCAUCCUGACGAGGGUUAUCACGAUCAUGCUGGCACAGUCAUGGUCAUCGCCUGGGGACAGUUUAUGGAUCACGACUAUACGUUAACUGGAACGCCUCUAGAUCCCCUGAACCGAAACGACCCGGAGGAAUGUUGCCAUCGGCCACCGCACCUGAAGAAUCCUUAUUGCAACGAGAUUCUUAUACCGGAAGACGAUUAUUUCUACAGACUGUUCAACGUGAAAUGCAUGGACUUCGUUCGCGCCUUUCCUGCUGUUCGACCUGGAUGCCGGCUCGGCUCCCGUGUGCCUUUCAAUCUUCUUACCGGUGUGCUCGAUGGGAACACGGUAUACGGAAUCACGGAAUCGUUCGCUAGGAAGCUACGAGCUGGUUAUGGAGGAUUGUUACGUAUGAAUCCAGUGUUCUCAGAAUACGGACUGAAGGAUUUAUUACCGCUCAAGCUGGAUAUUCCGGACGAGGGAUGCACUCGGCCGAAUCGAUCGAUGUACUGUUUCGAGGCGGGUGAGAUAAGAGUGAACGAGCAGCUAGUAUUAACCUGCAUGCACACUUUGAUGGCACGUGAGCAUAAUCGAAUUGCGAAGACGUUAAUUCAAAUAAAUCCUCAUUGGGACGAUGAAACGCUGUAUCAAGAAGCAAGAAGAAUCGUUAUUGCAGAAAUUCAACAUAUCACCUACAAUGAAUUUCUACCCAUUUUACUCGGCAAAGAUGUCAUGGAAAAGUUUGGACUUCUUCUUGAAAAAAAUAGCUAUUGGGAUGGUUACGACGAAAGCGUGAAUCCAUCUGUGAUUGAUGCUUUUGCCUCUGCAGCCUUCAGAUUCGGACACUCAUUAUUGCCAACGGCGGUCGAAAGGUGGAGUAAAGCUCAUAAAUUUAUUGCUUCGAAGAGACUAUCAGAUUUGAUUAGAAGACCGUUCGAUUUGUAUCGUGCUGGAGUUUUCGACGAAUACAUUAUGGGAUUGAUGAACCAAGUUGCUCAAGCUAUGGACGAUUCUAUUACGCAAGAAGUGACAAAUCAUUUAUUUAAAAAAGUUGGAGCUAAGUUUGGAUUAGAUCUGGUCUCAUUUAAUAUGCAACGAGGACGUGAAUUUGGUAUUCCAAGUUAUAUGGAAUUCAGAAAAUUCUGUGGACUUCCGUGGGUAGACACUUUUGACGAGCUACACGGUUCUAUGCCAAAUGAGACGAUCAGACGCUACAGCUCGAUUUUUGAGCAUCCAGCUGACGUCGAUCUCUGGUCCGGUGGUGUAUCUGAGAGACCACUUCCGGGUAGCAUGCUCGGGCCAACCUUCGCCUGUAUAAUCGCCACGCAAUUCAGUUAUUCCCGUCGAGGCGACCGAUUUUGGUAUGAGUUGCCGAACCAACCAUCGUCCUUCACUCUCGAUCAACUGAAUGAGAUUCGAAAAAUAAAACUCGCUAGAGUGAUCUGCGACAACACGGAUUUGAUCGACACUAUACAGAUUUAUCCCAUGGUAUUGCCCGAUCAUGAAAUAAACCCACGAGUACCCUGUCGAAGCGGCGUCCUGCCUAGUAUGGAUCUAACCAAAUGGGCGGAAUUCCCAACCGCGAAUCAUGCUCAAUACACGUAAAAAUUUAGCGAAAACUAUCGCCUAGACCAGAAAACCAUCACCAAUGUAGUGAAGAACAGUUACAACAGAGCCAAGAAGCACGACUUUUAGGCACUUUUACCCCGAGACACAUUACGGUAUCGUAGCGUAGGAAAUUAUAGAUGAACCUGCAUGUUCCAUUUCAAAUCAGCUUUAGGGACAUAAUAGAUGCGGACAUAAAUGCAACACAGUUGUUAUAGUUAUAGACAUCCGAAUAGACACCACUCUAGCGACUCUUUUAAUUAGAUGAAUAUAUUCCUAGAUAUUAAUUUAUUUUAUCAUCAAACUAGAAU